AUGAUCAAUCUUGAGUCUAAUAGAAUCCUAAAUGAAUUGGAAAGAUCUAGUUCAGGAGACAAUCUCUGCUUGCAUGGGACCCGUCGAUUGGUCAUUAAAUUUUUGGAGCAGGUGUUCAAACCUCUCAGGAUUGUGAGGAUUGCAAAAAUUCCCCUCCUCAAUAUUCUAUUGUUAGUAUCCUUAUCAUUUUUGCUGUUGCGGUUAUCUUUUCAUUACCAUAAACUUUACACCAAGAGUUCACUGGCUGCUACAGUUGCUACGAAUAUAGUACUGUAUGGUAUCUCUGACACACUUGCUCAGUCAAUUGAUUGUUUUCAUGCGCCGCAAUUAGGGGCUAUACGAUUGAACGAUAUUUUUCAGCGUCACACAACCGAUAGUACUACUCCUAAUGACCUCAGCAGCGAACUUUCAGUGUUUGUUGAUUAUGGAGAAGAGGAGCAAAUGAUACAAGGGUGGUCAUUCGAGACUCGGACCUCAAACUCCGACACUAGUCCACUUCCUGCGGUGCGCUAUGUAGAAAGUGAUGAUCGGCCUGGUUUUCAAUUCCCAAGAUUCUUUGGGUUUGUUUUUUGGGGAUUCAUCAUGGCUUUCGUUCAAGUGGUAUGGUAUUCCUUUUUGAACCAAGUGUACGUAGAUGAACCUGUGGUAGUAACAGUUUUGGAAAGAGCUUUGACGGACCAGUUGUUUUUUUCCCCUAUUUCUCUUUAUUCAUUUUAUGCAUAUUCCACAUUGAUUUUGGAGAGAGGCUCACGACAAGAUCUGCACGACAAACUAAUGAGGUUAUACAUCAGUACACUAGCUGUCAACUUUUGUGUGUGGUUUCCAGUUCAAUUUAUAAAUUUCCUAGUGAUGCCAAAGAAAUUCCAGGUGCUGUUUAGCUCUUCUGUUGGUGUCUUGUGGAACUGCUUUCUCUCAAUGAAAAAUGCUAGUUCGCCCUCAUAG